AUGGGUCGUCUUCACUCCAAGGGAAAGGGCAUUUCGUCCUCUGCUCUGCCUUACUCUCGCUCUGCUCCCUCCUGGCUCAAGACCACCCCUGAGCAGGUUGUCGACCAGAUCUGCAAGCUCGCCAAGAAGGGUGCUACCCCCUCCCAGAUUGGUGUUGUCCUCCGUGACUCCCACGGUGUUGCCCAGGUCAAGCACGUCACCGGUAACAAGAUCCUCCGUAUCUUGAAGUCCAGCGGCCUCGCCCCCGAGCUCCCCGAGGAUCUGUACCACCUCAUCAAGAAGGCUGUUGCCGUCCGCAAGCACCUUGAGCGCAACCGCAAGGACAAGGACUCCAAGUUCCGUCUCAUUCUCAUCGAGUCCCGUAUCCACCGUCUGUCUCGUUACUACAAGUCCGUCGGUGUCCUGCCCCCCACCUGGCGUUACGAGUCCGCUACCGCCUCCACCCUCGUUGCUUAA